AUGCUCGGCUCGCUUUUGACCAGUGUCCAGCCAUCCCAGAAUUUCUGCGUUGACAUUCACCACCAUUAUUUUACUCCCGACCUCAAAAAGGAUAAUCCAAAUCCAAGUAUUGGGUGGAAAACUCCUGCAGAAAAUCUUCCAUGGUCUCCAGAAAUCAGCUUGCAAGCCAUGGAUAAAAUGAAGAUAAAUGUUUCAAUACUUUCUUUCCCAUCACUUUCCACGGGUUCAGUGGGCGAGGAAAACAGGUCCAUGGCCAGAACAAAAAACGAAUAUGCUUCAGAACUUUGUCGAGAAUACCCUGAGCGCUUUAUGUUCUUUGCAACACUCCCAUUCCUAGAUGAUGUUGAAGGGUGCUUGGAGGAGAUCGCGUAUGCAAUAGAUCAAUUAAACGCCUGUGGUGUUUCUUUGUCGUCUUGCUAUGGAGAAGGUCAAUCCGCAAGUGAUAAGCGAUACGACGCUGUAUGGGAAGAGCUGAACCGUCGGCAAGCGGUUGUAUUUGUUCACGGAAGCCAAAUACCUGGCUCUACUCCGUGCCCCCAUUCCUCCCUUGGCGUGCCUAUUACCGAGGUGCCUAACGAGACAUUUAAAGCAGCAUCACACCUGGUGGUGACUGGACACCCCCGUAAAUUCCCAAAUGUCAAGGUCGUCCUCGCUCAUCUUGGAGGUAGCACUCCCAUGCUUGCUGCUAGAGUAGCAGUCUUGUCAAACCAUAUGGGAUGUGAACUUACGCCAGAAGAAAUCCUUGAAGACUUCAAGAAGUUUUACUACGAAACUGCGUUGAGCGGAUACGAAGGCAGUCUCGCGGCUGUAGACAAGUUCAUUCCACAAGACCACAUUCUCUUCGGUACGGACUUUCCAGGUAAUGGCCAAAACAUCUAUGUUAUUUAA